AUGGGACAUUUGAUCGACUCGAAUGGUAAAGCUUAUGUUGGACCUUCGCAACAAAUGGAUGUCGAGAUGGAACUCGCUUUCCUUGUCGGUCAAGGAAUCAAACGGUUUGAGCGAGUCUCGAUUGACGAAGCCGAAGAACACAUCUUUGGAGUUGUGCUUUUGAACGAUUGGUCAACGCGGGAUGUACAAGCCCCGGAAGACCACCCGUUUGCGGCUUUUAAUGCCAAAUCAUUCGCGUCCACAAUCAGUCCAUGGGUGGUUUCGAUCGAUGCUUUGGAACCGUAUCGGACGAAGGCUCAGCCCCAAGAGCCAUCCGACUUGCUCCCAUAUUUGACUGACCGAAGAGAACUCGGGACAUUUGACAUCUCAAUCAACAUGAGCUGGAAGCUGUCACCCGAAGGAGAAGUCUUUGAUGUGUCUACCAGCAAUCUGACCAAUGCUUACUGGAGCUUCGCGCAGAUGUUGACUCAUCAUGCUUUUGGAGGCUGCGAAAUGAGGACGGGAGAUCUGAUUGGGACGGGCACCAUCACUGGACAGGAUGCAGGUUCGAUAUGCUCUCUCGUCGAGCAAACUCGAAACGGAACCCAGUCAAUCAAAACGCCGGCGGGGAACAGCAGAUAUUAUGUUCAAGAUGGAGACGAGGUGACCUUUACAGGAUGGGCGGGAAGAAAGGAGAAUCCGCAAGUUGUGGGGGGUCGAAUAGGGUUUGGAAGCUGUGAUGGAAUUAUUUUACCAGCGAAGCCUUUGUAG